UAUUAUGCAUAACAAAUGAAUAUGAUAAGAAAUCAAUCUAUAAAUAUGGUCAAACAUAACCAGAAUUACCGUUUCCAGGCGUUUCAUGAAACCUUUACAUAAAUUGACCACAUGGGUUUUUUUUCACUACAGUCCUUUCCUAUAAAUUACCUACAGCCUUUUCUAAUUUUCUCAUCAUCCAUUCCAACAUUUUCAGAGAAAGCAAACAGCAAGAUGGUUCCUGAAUUCAAUAAAUUUGUUUACAUUGUGUUAUUUUGCUCCUCUAUUUUGGCAUCACUUGUGAUUGCCCCAUUUGUGGAAUCAAGCAAUAUAAGAAAGAUAUUUCUCAAUCAACAGAACAACAAUGAAGAAAUCCCAGAAACAGAGGCGUGGAAAUGCAUUCUUGACUUUUACAAUAGCUUAGCUGAUACUAGCAACAUAGGUAGUACAGCUCCAUUGUCCAAUUUGAAUUUGGAGACCUUCACAUUGAGGCAAAUAGUUAGAGAUGGAUCUCGUCCUGUACCCAUAGACCAGAAAUAUGCAGCUUUCAGGAGGGGGAUGGAUGGCUAUUCCCAGAAGCUUACACAGGUUGAAUUUGUUGAAAAGAUUGGGAGAAAAGCAUUGUCAGUAAAAGUAAGAGGUCAAUUUACAAAUGAUCGUGUACAAGAUAGACAAGAAGAGAUUUCUAGACUUCACCAGGCAGUGUUCCUAGUCCAAUUCUUUAGAGCAAAAUGGCUUGUUAAAGAAGUACACAUCAUUCAUGGACCACCAAAUAUGCUCCCAGUAGCGGCAAAUUAUUUUGGAUAUCUGGAGCUAACCACCACACACAAAUAUCGCCACAACUAAACUGCAAUUAAGUCUUGCUAGUUUGACAGGGGCAC